AUGGAACGAUUCUUGAAACGGAAAGAACGUGUCGAGAUUGAUAUUGACAAUCUACGUGCUGAUCCUGGUCUUCGACCAUCCAUCUGGAGUUAUGAUGUAAAUGAUCGUGAUAGAGUUCGAAGAGCUUAUUUAUUGAAGGGACCGCAUCAACCCAAAAAUCAUCAAUUCCCUCAAACAACAAUAAGGAACAUUGCACGUAGAUUUAACUCAAAAUGGUUUGAAGACUUUCCUGUUUGGAUGGAAUAUAGUAUUCAGAAAGAUGCAGUAUUUUGCCUUUAUUACUAUUUAUUUAAGCCUCAAGAGGAAGUUAAUACUAGCAAAGGUGGUGGAGAUACAUUUGUUGGUGAUGGAUUUAAGAAUUGGAAGAGAAAAGAGAAGCUUUUGAGUCAUGUUGGAGAUCACAACAGUGCACACAACAAGGCAAGACAUAAAUGUGAGGCUUUAAUGAAGCUUCAAGAGCAUAGCCUAUCAUUUCGUGGGCAUGAUGAAUCUUCUAGCUCCAAUAAUCAAGGGAAUUAUGUAGAACUAUUUCAGUUUCUUGCAAAUCAUAAUGAAGAAGUUAGAAAAGUUACAUUUGAAAAUACAAAUGCAAAGUUAAAAUUGAUUGCACCAAAAGUCCAAAGAGAGAUUUGUGCUUCGAUUGCUGCUGAGAUUUUGGCUGUAAUCAUGAAUGAUAUUGAUGAUUCAUACUUAACCAUUCUAGUAGAUGAAUCUUGUGAUGUGUCUACAAAAGAACAACUAGCUAUUGCGGUGAGAUAUGUAGAUAAGUUGGGCCAAGUAAUUGAGAGAUUCAUAGGUGUUACUCAUGUUACUUCAACAAAUGCAAUAACACUCAAGGCAGCAGUUGAAGCACUUCUUGCAAAACAUUUGUUAAGAUUACCCACAAUAAGGGGACAAGGCCCUAACUAG